GGAGGACUUCGCUUCGUUUUGCAUCUCCAACCACCCUCUCUCAAGUGCCACGACAGUCCACAGUUCCAGAACCUCCACUCAGUGAGUUGGUUACAAUCUGUGCAAGUCGCAAGUGAGGAGCUGAAGAAGAAGAAGAAGAAGAAGAAGAAGAGAGUUAUUUCGUUCAAUAUCUUUACUUGCCCUCUGUACCUCCACCUGCUCAGGAAACAUAAUCGAGAUUUGUUCCUCUUUUUUCUUUCGCUCUGAUGGCUGCUGUUCUUGACCUGACCACUGCAUUCGGAUGCAUGUGGAUGGGAGUGAGUCGUUCCCGUGAAAGUAUAGGAAAUGGGCGGGCCUCGCCAAAUGGGGUUUUCACCCGGAGCAGGAGGAAUUGCAGGCUCGGAGUUGUGAAAGCAACUGCAGGACAGACGGCGGCUAUCGGGGCGUCGGCUGCCUACGCCAAGGAGAUGGAGAGGCUUUCCGCUAAAGAGUCCCUGCUAUUGGCUUUCAAAGAUUCUGGUGGCUUAGAUGCAUUGCUUACUGGAAAGACAACAGAUGUACAACGCAUUGAUGUAAAUGAAAGAAUUACUAGUCUUGAGCGGCUCAACCCUACACCUCGGCCUACUACUUCACCAUUCCUGGAAGGGCGGUGGAAUUUUGAGUGGUUUGGAGCAGGUACACCAGGAUUAUUUGCUGCAAGGAUUUUACUUGAGAGAUUUCCUUCACCUGUUGCAAAGUUGUUGGGAUUAGAUGUGCUUAUCAAGGACAGCUAUGCCAAAGCUACUGCAAGUCUACAACUUUUUAACUCGAUUGAAACUAAGUUUAUUAUCACCACAAAGUUGGCUGUGGAAGGGCCAUUGAGAAUGAGUGAAGAGUACACUGAGGGAGUAAUCGAGAGGCCAUCCAUUCGGGAAGAGGCUCUACCGGAGCAGAUUAAGGGUGCAUAUGAACAAGCACUUGGUGCACUUCAGCAGUUGCCACUCCCUAUAAGGGACUUCAUGUCUGACGGGCUUAAAGUUCCUCUUGGUGGGACUUUCCAGCGAAUGUUUAUGGUAUCAUACCUGGAUGAAGAAAUAUUAAUAAUAAGGAAUACUGCUGGAGUGCCCGACGUUCUUUCAAGAUUAGAAGCAGAUUCUGAUUCAGCCUCCCUUGAUUCCACCCCCGAGUAUGAAAGUUAGAAAAAUGAUUCUCGUUAUGUUUGGUUGUUCCUUUUUUUUUUUUUUUUUUUGUAAUGCUUUUAUUCGUCCAAAAAUUUGAAUAAGUUCUGCAAUCCAUGCCCGAGCAAUUCACCUGUUC